AUGCUCAAGAGCCUCUUCAUCUUUACAUGCCUUUUCAUCUUAGGCAUCCACGGCUUACCCACAGAGCUGUCCAAUGCUACUGCGACAUGGAACGCUACCACAACAAAGAUAGUGGAACACGCUGCACCCACCUUUACGCUCAACUACAGAACCUACCCUGAAUCAUGCGAGAACAUAUGCCAGUCUAUUUCUUUAUUUUCCAUGCGUCACAAUGGGCCUCGCUCUGUAGCUCCUAACUGCCCGCAAGCAACUGACCAUCAUCAUAGCAACAGUUGCAGUAACGUUAAGCGAAACCGGUGCAGCGCACUUGUGGGCCAUGCCAGUGGGUACCAGUGCGAUGAAUGGCCUUGGGUGAACUCUAAUGCCGGGGGUGCUAAUGUCGCUACAAGGUGUAUUCCCGGUAGCGAUAACGGGGGAUCUGGUGCACAAUGGGGGAAUUUCAUCAAUGACAAAGGCCUGCAAGCUGUUGGACAUGUUUUACGAGAUAAUGUUGAUUUUGCCAAAAUUGAGAUCAACCAUGUCCCAAGGACUGGGAAGUUCUGCUUAGGGGUACUUGGAACGACUAUCACUGCGGCGACAUGCAAUCAGCUUGACCGUGGUCAGCCAUUUUUGCAAAGCAUUGGUUGA